AUGGUAGUCCUGCGGCGUUGUGUCGCCGGGCUUGGGGCCCUUCUGAGCCUUCUUAGCCCAGUGCUCGCCAUCAAGAUGCUCUACGACGACAGUCUUCCUGAGGAUCUCAAUGCGGCAUGUUCUGCGGCCCUCAUGUCUGACAUCGCUUGCGAUCCUCUCGUGCCGGCCCUCCGCCAUGACUUCUACUACCCUCCUGCAACGCUGACCCGCAUGUGUACUGAUGGCUGCGCUUCUGCGCGCCAGUCGUGGGAGAGCUCGGUCCGGUCUGGCUGUGGCAACGAUAUUGUCAUUCCUGGCGAAUAUGACCUUGACGUAUCGCCCAUUGUGCUCCCGGCCACCCGCCGGUACAUCUAUAGCUUCACGUGUCUCAAGGAGAACGAUGUCUUUUGCGGCCCCGUUGCGGCAUUGGCAGCUUUCUUCACCGAUCCUGGAGUUUCCGUCUUCAACUACAUCAACGAACUUCCCGAGGGCGCCGUUAAGCCAGCGGAUUGUGACCCGUGUCUCGCAGCCAGAGUGCGCCUGCGAUCCGGGUCGCCUUACUUUGACGGCCCCGUCGUGGCCAGCGAGUCCAUAUACCAGAGCAUGACGUCCAGGUGCGGCAUCUCUGGCCAGCCCGCCACCACAUCCACGAUCGACUACUUUACCAGCCAACCAAAGCCCACCGAGUCAGUCUGCGACGGCAACAUGUACCAAAUCCAGGACGGUGAUGAUUGCUACAGCAUCUCUAAGGCUCAGAGUGUCGGUACAGCCUGGAUGCUGUCUGACAACCACCUCGGUGCUUAUUGUUCCGAGUUCCCAACUUCGGGUACCGCGUCUGCCAACAUCAGCGAGAUGCAGCUUCUGGCUUGGAAUUCUGUCAUCAACCCGGUCUGUUCCAACCUCGACAUGAUGAAUGGCACCACCCUCUGCAUCGAACCUCCCGGACCCAAGCUGCCCCCGGCAGUGACAACGGGCAUCCCUCCCUCGACGCCUACCACCGCUGCUCCGAUCCCCUCCAAUACUGCCAUUGGAUCUGACAAGCCCUGCGGCCGCUGGUACGAGGUCGAGGCUGGCGACUACUGCAACAUGCUAACCCUCAAGUUUGCCAUUUCGCUUCCAGACUUUUUGUUCUUGAACACUGGCAUCAACUCAAACUGCACAAACCUCUUCGCCGCCGAAAGUUACUGUGUGCAGGCUGUCGGGGAUAUCAACACUUACCCCGGCCGGCCUGGACAUGUCUCCUUCACCAUUGACCCCAGCGCCACCUUCACCGGCGUCCCCUUCACCAUGCUGCCCAACGCCACCAUGACUCUGGAUCCGAGACCGACCCAGCUCCCGUUGGCCACCGGCGUUCGCGACGACUGCUACUUUUACUUCAAGGGCGACGAGUACCAGUACUCGUCUGACGUGUUCGGCUUCUGGAACAGCAACUGCGAGAUUGCAGCGUCCAACUACAACGUCGACUUUGACAGCUUCGUCGCCUGGAACUCGCUUGCGACAAACGUCACGGACUCGGCAUGCGUUUUCCAGGUCGGCCUGCAGUACUGCGGCUCCUGGGGUCUGCCACCCACACCGACCACCACCGAGGAGCCUGAGCCCACCGGAACCGGGAACGGGCCCCAGCCGCCAGUAGCCACGCACGACGGCCAGCCGGAAGACUGUAACGGCUGGCACGUCGUGUCCGACAGUGACUCGUGUCGAUCCGUCGCCGACAACGUCGGAAUUUCUCUCGCGACGUUCCUCGAGUGGAACCCUGCUGUCAGCGUUGACUGUACCGUGAACUUCUGGGUCGGACAGGCGUACUGUACUCACAGGCAAGGCCAAGGGAUUAGUAUCUCGUCUUCUUCCGCCACGGCCACCAGUAGCGCGGCAACAAUGAAGCCGACCCCGCCUGCUCCCACGCACACCGGCCAACCUGCCGACUGUAACAAGUGGGACAUCGUGGUAGACGGCGACAGCUGCGGGUCCAUGGCCGCGGACAACGGUAUUACUGUGGACCAGUUCUACGCUUGGAACCCGGCGGUAUCCAAGGACUGCGUGAAAAACCUUUGGCUGGGGCAGGCAUACUGUGUCGGCGUAUCAGGGGCUGGCUCCGGCGUCACGACAACGAGACCCUCUACCUCCUCCACAACCGCAGCAGCCCCGACCCCUCCCGCGCCGACACACACAGGCCAGCCGUCAGACUGCAACAAGUGGGACGUUGUGGUAGACGGUGACAGCUGCGGGUCCAUGGCCGCGGACAACGGUAUUACCGUGGACCAGUUCUACGCUUGGAACCCGGCGGUAUCUAAGGACUGCGUGACAAACUUUUGGCUGGGUCAGGCAUACUGCGUCGGACGAUCUAGCGUCGGGGGUAAUACCCCUACCACGACGUCGUCGCUGUCAACGACAGCGAAGCUAACUCCUCCCGCGCCGACGCAUACCGGCCAGCCGGCCAACUGUAACAAGUGGGAUGUCGUCCAAGAUGGAGAUAGCUGCGGCUCUAUGGCGAGUGACAACGGGAUAUCAGUCGACCACUUUUACAACUGGAACCCGGCUGUGAGCAGGGACUGUGUAACAAACUUCUGGCUUGACCAGGCGUACUGUGUUGGCGUUUCCAGCUAG